AUGGAGUCUCCACGGAAGCGUCUCCGCCUGGAGCUUUCAGGUUUUGCUGAAAUGCAAACGGUAAGCAGGCAAAUGCAACAGAACAGUAUUUAACUUACAUGGUGGUCACUUACCUUAUGGCCUCCUGGGGGGUUGCAGACGGAGCCUCAUCUUGGAGAUGGCGAGGCAGCAGUUCGUCCCGCUAUCGGCGUCAAUGAUCGCCCUAGUCACCAGCACACACUGUCUAUCGCGCCGCCGGACGAGAGCAUAGUUCAGUAGCUGCCAGCGCCACGAUUGAAGGUACAUCCAGGUCGUCCUCUCCCGAGUUAGGAGGCGAAGAAGAUGUUGGUCAGGAGGAUGCGACGUUCCGAGAAGGUAUGACGAAGAAGGAGCCCGUUUUCAUUACAUCUGCAGAGUUCAUUGGAACCCAGCAGUCCCCUCCAGGCAGCGUGGGAGUUGAAGUCACCAAGGCCUACCAGUUAGUCCGUCAGGAGGGCAUGCAGUUCCUCGUAGACUUUGGUCUUUGCUUCAUCAGAGCUGGUCCCUGGUGGGGCGUAGGUGUUAAUGAUGGUGGCUAAUCGGUAUUCUCGAAGAGCCAGUCGCAGGCUCAUCAGUCGGUCGUUGAUGCCCAGCAGCAGACGGGUAUUCGUUCCACGAUGUAGUUCCGGAUGGUAACGGCGACGCCCGCAUCUCUUGGAGCGACCGCUCCAGACAGUGUAGCUCGGCACCCACCUCCUACAGUUGGCCUUGUUCGGAGAACCGUGGCUCGCUGAGCGCAGUGAUGCCCACCCUGCAGAGCGCCGUCCGCCGUUCCGGUCGGUUGCUCCUCGGAUUGUCUAAAAGGGAGGGAACAUUCCAGACUUCCAGAAUGAGCGGACUCCCUCUGACAGCCUGUAGGGUACGACGGGUGUCCUUGUUCAUUGCACCAUUCCGACCGCGGGUUUCGCACCUGCGAGACACGGUAUUCUACCGGAUGGCGUGAUCUAGCGUUUUCCGCCACGAGGAGGUAUGCAGAGCUGUCCCUAAAUCGAGCUACUAAGACAUUUCAGACGGUUGGUGAACUCCGAUAAGGGGUACGGCUCUGUUUAAUGGAAAGCGACGCGAGUUCGCCUAGGCCACCAACAGGAUUGCAUGUUGCUCGCUCUGUAGAACUUUGAAGCGGUGGGAGGGAACGGGGAUUAUAGGGAAUCCUAGUUAUCGGUUGUGGAGGCACACAUAAUACCGGGUAACUUUGCCUGGUCUAGCCCGCUGGUCGAAGAGGUUACCGAGGUGUAGCUGCCGGCAGAGCCUAUCUUUGAGGAGCCACCCAUGAGAGUUGUGUGUCAGUUAAUGGACGCUAGAUGUAGUCAACACCUGCAAGAGAUAAGUGAAGUGACCUACUACGACCUUCACGUGGAAUACGUAACUGGGCACCCCUACGCCACGGACACAUUGCUACUGAUUACAACACUGAACUGCGAUAUCUACGACCCUAACGGUACCCAGUGUGAACAAAGUCUGAAUACGUUUCAUGCCGAUGGGCGACACUAUGCCAGUCUCGCCUGGAUCGCUUGCUGAGGUCAACGCGGAAAAUCGACCAAAACUUCCAGUGCGUAGAAGGCAACAUUUCCUGCAUACAUACGUGUUUGAGUCAGCUACCUGAGUAACUCCACAACCUCCCACAACUGACCUAACCUACGAUACAACACUCUCUAUUUCAAGGAGGCUAACUUGCAUGUACCAGCCCACGUUGGUCCACUGUAUCGUUUGCAAAUAGAUUUAUGAGUCUUCCUAAUGCGCAUAUGUUUACUGUUUACUGUAUAAAAACGGUUGGUAGGGCAGGUAGAGAGCAUCAGUAAUUACGAGAUGAUUCGAACUGUUGUACUGUUGGGCACAUUGCUGCUUGCAACAGCUUUGGGAGUAGUGGCUCAUAUGGAUGAAGGAUUUUGCUCCAUUCACGAUGCCAUUUGGGAAGCAUGUGAACCCUGCAUCUGUACAUGCAUUCAACAGGCCCCUCACAAUGGAGGAGGCGGAGGAAGACCGUCAGCCUCUAAUACUUCGGCACCUCCGUUAAGACUGACAGCUCAGCCAGACUUAGAACCUCCGUCAAAUUCUGAAGAUUUGGCACCUACAACAACUUCUACAUCCUCAAUAUCUUCGGCCUCCCCGACAACUUUGGCAACCUCGGAUCCUGCGACGACCACGGAUCCUUCGACGACGUCGGAUCCAUCAACAACCUCGGAUCCUUCAACAACCUCAGAGCCUUCAACAACCUCAGAUCCUUCAACAACCUCAGAACCUUCAACAACCUCAGAUCCUUCAACAACCUCAGAACCUUCAACAACCUCGGAUCCUGCAACGACAUCGGAUCCAUCAACAACCUCAGAUCCUCCGACAACAUCAGACUCUUUAACAACCUCGGAUCCUUCAACAACCUCAGAACCUUCAACAACCUCGGAUCCUUCAAUAACCUCGGAUCCUUCAACAACCUCGGAUCCUUCAACAACCUCAGAACCUUCAACAACCUCAGGUCCUCCGACAACAUCAGACUCUUUUACAACCUCGGAUCCUUCAACAACCUCAGAACCUUCAACAACCUCGGAUCCUGCAACGACCUCGGAUCCAUCAACAACCUCAGAUCCUCCGACAACAUCAGACUCUUUAACAACCUCGGAUCCUUUAACAACCUCAGAUCCUUCAACAACCUCGGAUCCUUCAACAACCUCGGAUCCUCCAACAACCUCGGACCCUUCGACAACAUCAAACCCUUAACAACCUCAGUUCCUUUGACAACCUCAAAUGCGCAUAUGUAAAUUCUGGUCUUGUCGAGGUGUGAAUAUAAAGUGGGCAGAACUCGGGUGCAUUUAUGAGAAAUAUUUGCAAACACAGGAGGCGAUUUUCGGUAUUUUAAGCGUAGGCGAUAAAGCGCUCCCUCCCAGACAGCACGACCUCCGCCGAUGAGGGCACUGAGGUUGCCAAGGGCAACCAGCUUUUCUGCUUUCGGUAGACGCAUUAGGGGAAUGUGCACAGAUUCUUCUAUACUUGUUCUUCACGUCAUCGAAUUUGGUUAUGAAAUGGAUCUGGGGAGGGUAUACACCGACUUUGGUGAUUAAAUUGUUCCCACAAAGAGGCAUAUGUUAAUUCAUGAUACGUGCCAGACACGGCAGUCCUCACAUGACGCCUUUCCUGACGGCGAAAGCGAUACACGGUUUUCUAUAUCCGAGGGGAUCUCAACCUCGUCUACUUUGAAGUUGUGGCCUGGUCCUGUCGAAUGAAACACGACUAGGGAAUUCGCAUUGUUCCACCUCACUGCUGAUACGUCUUCCAGCUCACACCGGUGAGAUCAUUUCUUCGUCCCCGUGUAAUAGUUUUUUUAACCAUGGCUACACCGCAUCCGACAAAUGACUGUUGACUUUUCGCACCCAGACUGGGGGGUCUUUGGGACAGAACACUGGUGCCAGUUAAGGACACUUUCCUGUCACCGUAAAGUGUCGGAUAGCCUCCGAAUGAAGGAUAAAUUCCAGCCUGAGACUGCCUUCGCCAAAUCAAAUGUCAGUUUUCCACGUAAAGCGCCCGAUAUAACGUUUCGGAUUGUCGAACAAAAUCCUGAGAAAAAAUCAUAAUAAGUACCCUCACUGCAGGGAAAAUGUCCAUUUAACACUUCGCAGGCUCGAUUUUGCGUAGCUGUGCAAAUAAACCAGCAGCAAUCCCUCAUAAGACACCUGGACCCGAUGUCCACAUACGAUCCUGUUUAGACCUACUUGCCAGUUGUCGUUAUGAUGGCCUUUUUAGCGCAACUGCCAGUAUACGAGUUUCAUUACUGGCAGAGAUAAGGGAAACUGGAAUGACCACUUCUGGCUUAUUUGCCAUCGUCAGCCAGCCAUAACCGACCCCAGUUUUGUUGUGGUACCUGAAUCUCGAGUCCGCAUUCAGUUUGCUAAAAGUACGACCCUCUCGCCUUCAAGUCCAUUGAGUUACAAACCUAUGGCGGGCUGAUGACGACCAACAGCCGGGAAACGGUCACUCCAGUCAGCAUUGUCAUUCUGUCAAGAAUACUGGGCGCUGUGCGGCUUCCGGCGGGACAGGACAGUGAGCCCCCAGACGCAACGGGACGAGGGUCCCGUAGCGUGGUCGGUGAGCUCCUCUCUGUCAGUCGAAUGAAUGCGAGGACUUUCAAACGUUUGCAAACGUUUCACCAACACACUUUAUGCCUUAGCUUGCAGUAUGCCUGAUAGAACCGCCGAUAUGCCUUCACCGCAAGAGCAGCGCCCUGUCCGGCACCAUCGACCAACUUACCCCUCAUUUUUAGGCACAUCGCCACCACUCAUUAAACUUUAAGUGCAGUGCGUGACUUAGCUCAUGAAAUGGUGGCUGAAAUUCUGAAAUGUGUUUUCGAUUAGGAAGGAUUACUUGGUCGCGGUUGUGAUACUGAUGACUACUUAUGUAGCAUGCAUUUUUUCCAUUGAUUUUCGAUGGUCUUGCAAAUUCAGAUAUAUCUUAUAGAAACCAUAAAUAAAAGUAUGCUUUCUUUUAGUCAAUCAAUAGAGAAUCACGUCUUCUUUAUAUUCUGUACUUAAGGAAGGAGUAUAAUUAAUUCUGAAAAAAGUUUCUAAUUAUAAGACUUUUUCAGACCGCGCAAUGUCAAUUCACAUAGCAUCGUACCUGGCCGCUUACCACUGCUCCUCAUGAAAUGAACAAUAUGGUCCGCAUCCAUUGCAAAAUUUUAUAGACUCUGUAUGAUAUCUCUUUAAUGGCAUAGAAAAAUAUGGGAUUUUCUUUACGCGGAACGCAUGCGCCUUGUAGAGUGUAAUCACUAAGCGCUAAUGCAACGAAUGAUCAGGCUCCAAAAUUUUCGGCAAUUAGAAAACUUUUUUAAAACCUAAUUAUACUCCUUCCAUAAGUAUAAAAUAUAAAGAAGACGUGAUUCUCUAUUGAUUGACUAAAAGAAAGCAUAUUUUUAUUUGUGGUUUCUACAAAAUAUAUUUAAUUUCCAAGACCACAGAAAAUCAAUGGGAAAAAUGCAUGCUACAUAAGUAGUCAUUUUUUCCCGAGCACGCUUUCUACAGGAGAUCGAAAAGAAGUGCCUUUUAAAGCUAACGUCCUGCCGAGUCUAAAAUGUUAUAAGAGUAUGCCUUAAGAUAAUCAGAAUCACAACUGUGACCAAGUAAUCCUUCCUAAUCGAAAACACAUUUCAGAAUUUCAGCCAACAUUUCACGCACUGUAUGUCCAAUCGGCUGCCUCCUUAAGUGUAAUUGUCAGUGUGAGAAUUGUUCGAGGGAAUUUGGCAGCAUAUUCAAAACGGUGGACCGUGUACCGACGGGUAGAUCACGGCUGCUGCACAAAAUGGCUUCUGGGCGUGCCAAAUUAGGCUUCCGUCUUCCCCUUUCAACGGCAUCUCCUGUUUUUUUUAACAAGUGAGUUCAGGCAGUCUCUAUCAAAUUUUGCCAGAUGUCUAACCCUCCUCCCGGCCUGGAUCAAUGGCAUGGAAAUUCAAAAUUUAACUACUAAACGGCGACUGUGAGCUCAGUAAGGACUGUCUCUGAUGAUGAAUUCAAGUGGGAAUCCGAAACGUCAAGCUAAUAAACUUCUUGUUCAAGCGAACGCAUCUUCCCCUUGUGAAUUGUAAGGUCGACUUGAAAGCACGUACACCAAUUCUGUACGCUUUUUAAUAGUUCCGGUCUCAGACGACAGGUGGUGAACCCCGAGGCCCAGUGGUGGGGCGUUCUUCCAGUGACCAGCUAUGUCCGAGUUCAGACCUCAGGUUUGUCCGGCGGGAGGUUGAGCUAUGCUCGGCUCACAACACUUAUCUGGCCUUCAAUUUUCUCCUGGUGGAUACCCAGACCGCCUCGAAACACGGAGAACUUCGAUCCUCCAAAUUGGCCGCGGAACUUUCAUGAAAAUCGAAUUAGUUUCUUUUCAUAAGGGACAUCAAUCAGUUGUCGCUCGGGACUGCGUUACCUGGGGAACUAGGCUAACUCACAGAUUACAAACCCGCAUAGGCCUAAAGGAGUGUCGUUAGAUCUGGAGCAAAGGACUACUGCGAAACGAAUACUCGUUCGUUUGAACUGCCGCCCAUAAGUAAAGUAAUUGUCCAGACCAAAAUGGGGAAUACCUUAGUGAUAAUCUGGGGUUUAUUAACCGUCUUCAAUGCAACUCAGGCCCAACUGGUCAUUGGACUUAGCACCCACGCUCUGGAACAUGUAGACUCACUUAUAAGUCAUCCUUACCAAUCUGGAAUGAAUAGCAGCCUUGCAUAUUGGGUAUACAUAGCCCUCAAUACUCGGCAAACGCUACCGACGAAGGUAGGAAAAAACUACAGUUGUCGUUACUGGCUUAGUAAAAGAAAGUUUUACAGACACAUGUCCGAUUACAUUUGAAACCCACCUGGCGUUUCAACCACGUUGAGGGCUUCCAAACAACAAAUCGAACAGUGUGUAUUUAAGAAAAAGUGCAUAUUCCCCAGGUUAUUAACAAGGUGUCAUAUAUAGCUGCUAUUGUCGAGCAGUGUACCACGCUUUAUUCUCUUCAAGUAGCCAUUCGAACAGACAUUUCAUGACUUUUAAAGAUCCCGUAAAUGCAAAAAAUUUUUAAAUCAAAGGAUACCGUUUUAUGCGUAGAAAGGCUGAAGACUUAAUUUGCCAUAAAACGGAUACAGUAAGCGUCAUGCUUGCGCGUGAUAUCUAUAAAAUAUAUUUUAAACUUAUAAGGGCACCGGAAAUCGAUAAGAAAAAUCCAUACUACUUAGGUGGCUAUUUCAGCAAGUGCGAACUUACGAGGAGCUGAAAAGAAGCUAUACGGAAACCAGCAUUUUGAAUUGACCGAAAUGGUUUGGGAUCAUGAUCCAUGACACUUGAAAUCACAACCUUCCUUAAGUAAUUCGGUCGGAUCUUAUUUCGUAGCCGCACCUGCAAGGGGCAGGCCCCCAGCCGACCGUCAUGCCGGACCAGUAGUGAUAGGGGACAGCUUACCUUCGAAGUGAUCCGAAGUGUACAUAGCAGUGCCGCGAAGUAGGGCGGUCUGCACGGACCGAAAGCAAUGCCCCCAUCUGGCCAGCCCGUCAGGCUGUCUGUCUGUCUCAGUAAUACAUGCAUGCUGCAAUAACAGUUCCACUGCCAGAAACAACUCCCCCGCACCAACAGGACAGACUCCUCAGUUGCCUUCCAGUUCGAGGAUGCUCAAACAUCAGAGUAAAAACAGAAUAUUUCCAAUCUAUUGUUGAAUCUCUUCCGCGGCAGCGAGGUCGAAUAAGAAACGUCCAGGGCGGACCUCCUUUGUUUAGAAUAUAUAAGUACUGGCUGGAGAUACAUAAUUUCGAGUCGAAGAAGCGGAGACGGUUGAGAAAUUCGUCCGUACAGUGUCCCCAAUAGUUUCGAUGUGCAUUCACACCGGCUGCACCAGCUCUGCUGCCGGCCGAAACACGCACAAAACCUAAAUCAGGCGUUAGCCAGGUUGGCCACACAGCGGUAGACUAAAAUUUCAUUCUCAGCGGUGCACCGCGCUGCAGUUUAUGGGUGCUGGGAGCAGUGAAGUGGGUAUAUAAAUGAACUUGAGGUCCGACUGUUGUCACAGUUUAGGCGGCCAGGUGGGUGGACGAUCACGAGAGAGGGUGGUAUCGCGAGCCAGAACACGCAGACCCUGCAGACUUUAGACAACAGGUUAUGAGGAGAAAUCGACCACCCAACCAAUCAGACGUACGCAGUACCCUCGGUUGUAUCGGAUUCUGGACUAAGAGUGGGCCAGACACCCUACUGACAAUUCUUGCGUGUGCAUGCACAUGUCCGACCACAAAUGCUCCCUGUCUCUUACAAUUUUACCUCAACUCUCAUCUCUACCGGCGGGUUAAAACAGAUGAGGUUGUCCGGUGUCCCCACACCCGGCAGUUCUGCUCCCUUCCCCUCCCUCCACCCUCAAAAGUCCUGCGUAGAGGGCAACAUACAAUCUCGUACGCGAUCCAGGCUAACCCCGGUCGUUCUUCACAAAGCAAAGGCGUGACACACAGUGGAUUUCGGUAGCCAUCCGGGAUGCCUUAACAGCUCUAUUUAGGGAUAGUGGGGUGUAGGGGUGUCCAGCGGUGGGUUCACGCGAUGGUCGUAGUGGUCGCUCACUUGCUUGCAGUGAGACUACGCCUAGCGUCCAUUUGCUUGCACCCAACUCUCACCUGUGACUCCACGAAGCUGGGCUCUGCUCAGCGGCCACACCCCCGGCAACCGUCUCGACCGGCGAGCCAAACCAGGUGAGGGCGCUGUGCGCUUGUGCCGCGUGCGCAGUGUACUGCAGACUCCGCUGGACGGAUGGUCGGAUGAAAAACUGCGCCGGCAUGUCGAGACGAGGCUCUGCCUGGUACGCCGUUGGACAACUGCUGCCGGGACGGACCUCCGCAUUGCCUUCGCUGAGACGCGCCCAUCCUCGCCGACGGAGACCGCGGACUCACGGCACAUGCGGUCGUUCUCCACUACGAACAUAAAAGUCGUGGCCCCAUAGUGGGAUUCGGUCGCGCCAACCAGGCACAUGGGCAGCCCGAUUCAGGGACGGCAUUGCCUGCCCCCACGAGGGGAAGGGCCUAGAAAAGGUGGCCAAAAAUGCUGGGUACCACGCCGUCUUCAGGCUAGCUAGGGCCGCAGACGUCUAAUCAUGGUCGAAACACUCAAAAUCGAAACAACAGCAAUACCAAUAAGAACAACAACCAUACUCAUUCUCCUCAUCCUACCUCUUCUACCUCUUCCUCUGCCUAUUCUUCUGCCUAUUCUUCUCCUGCGUCAUCUUCUUCUCCACCUCCUUCCCGUCGCCCCACUCGUUGUCCCCAGACUGGCAGUGUGAGCCCGCUCAUUCUGGCAGCCUGGAAUUUUCGUUCCCUUUUAGACAAUCCGAGGAGCAACCGACCGGAACGGAGGACGGCGCUAGUGGCACGAGAACUCGCCCGCUACAAGGUGGACAUCGCCGCACUCAGCGAGACGCGAUUCUCCGAACAAGGCCAACUGGAGGAGGUGGGUGCCGGCUACACCUUCUUCUGGAGUGGUCGGCCCAGGCCAGAGCGACGAGACGCGGGCGUCGCCUUCGCCAUUCGGAACGACAUCGUGGGACGACUGCCCAGUCUGCCGCAGGGCAUCAACGACCGCCUGAUGAGCCUCCGUCUGCCUCUCCGGGGUGGGGGCAAAUUCGCCACCAUCAUCAGCGCCUACGUUCCGACGAUGAGCAGCCCCGAUGCCGUCAGAGACAAAUUCUACGAGGACCUGCACGCCCUCUUGGCGACUGUGCCGAAGGCGGACAAGUUGAUUGUCCUUGGCGACUUCAACGCCCGCGUCGGCACAGACCAUACUGCCUGGAGAGGAGUGCUGGGUCCCCACGGUCUCCGCGGCUCAAACGACAAUGGUCUGCUGCUGCUCCGCACCUGCGCAGAACACCGCCUCAUCCUGACGAACACGUUCUUCUGUCUGCCGGUGCGAGAGAAGGCCACCUGGAGGCAUCCUCGGUCGCGUCAGUGGCACCUGCUGGACUAUGUCCUCGUCCGGAGGCGAGAUCAGCGGGACGUGCUGGUGACGAAGGCGAUCGCGGGUGCUGACGGGUGGACCGACCAUCGCCUCGUCAUCUCGAAGAUGCGUAUUCGCCUACAGCCUCGCAGGAGACCACAAGGUAAGCGACCCCCAGGUAAGCUGAAUGUCGCUUUGUUGUCGUUGCCCGCUCACCAUCUUCAUUUCAGCAAUGAGCUAGCUCAAAGGCUAAACAACCUUCCUAUCGCUGCCGACGCCGCCGCUGCCGAGAACGCCUCCGUGGAGAUCCGCUGGUGUCAACUGCGAGACACGGUCCAGUCGACGGCACUCACCGUCCUCGGUCGCGCUCCCCGCCAACACCAGGACUGGUUCGACGACAACGACGCCGCUAUCAGAAAUCUGCUUGCUGAGAAGAACCGCCUACACAAAGCCUACGUAGAUCAUCCCACUGAUGCCACCAAAGCCGCCUUCUACCGCAGUCGCCGCCAACUUCAGCAACGACUGCGCGAGAUGCGGGACGCCUGGACUGCUCGCAAAGCUGAGGAGAUCAAAGGCUACGCGGACCGCAACGAAUGGAAGAACUUCAUCUCUGCGAUCAAAGCUGUCUACGGUCCGCCGACGAAGGGCACUGCUCCUCUCCUCAGCGCCGACGGUAGCACUCUCCUGACUGAGGAGACGCAAAUUCUACAGCGCUGAGCCGAGCAUUUCCGAGGCGUCCUCAACCGCCCCUCCGUCAUCUCCGGCGCCGCCAUCGAGCGUUUGCCGCAAGUGGAGACCAACGUGAACCUCGACCUCCCGCCAUCUCUCCAGGAGGCCAUCAGGGCCGUGCAGCAGCUCUCCAGCGGGAAAGCACUCGGAUCGGACGCAAUCCCUGCUGAGGUCUACAAGCAUGGAGGUCCCCAACUGAUGGAUCACCUGACUGCGCUCUUCCAGGAGAUGUGGCGUCAAGGCGAAGUCCCGCAAGACUUCAAGGACGUAACCAUCGUGCAUCUCUACAAGCGCAAAGGGAAUCGCCAAGUCUGCGACAAUCACCGCGGCAUCUUCUUGCUGAACAUCGCCGGGAAGAUCUUCGCACGAAUCCUCCUCAGCCGUCUCAAUAACCAUCUGGAACAGGGCCUUCUGCCUGAAAGCCAAUGCGGUCUCCGUCGUCAUCGUGGGACCACGGAUAUUAUCUUCGCCGCCCGCCAACUUCAAGAGAAGUGCCAGGAGAUGCGGAUCCACCUGUACUCUACCUUCGCAGACCUGACGAAAGCCUUCGACACGGUGAAUCGUGAAGGACUGUGGAAGAUCAUGCAGAAAUUCGGCUGUCCGGAGCGAUUCACUCAGAUGGUGCGUCAGCUGCACGACAGUAUGAUGGCGCGAGUCACGGACAACGGAGCUGUCUCAGAGGCAUUCGCAGUGACCAAUGGAGUGAAGCAGGACUGCGUACUGGCGCCUACCCUCUUCAGUCUUAUGUUCUCUGCCAUGCUGAUGGACGCCUACCGCGACGAACGCCCCGGGAUCCGCAUCGCCUACAGGACGGACGGUCACCUCCUGAAUCAACGGCGGAUGCACUUCCAGUCGCGCGUAUCCACAACCACCGUGCACGAACUCCUCUUCGCCGACGACUGCGCCCUGAACACCACCUCGGAAGAGGAGAUGCAACGGAGCAUGGACCUAUUCUCCGCCGCCUGCGAGAACUUCGGUCUGGUCAUUAACACGCAGAAGACGGUGGUGAUGCGCCAACCGCCACCCCACUCAGUCACAGCCCCCAACGCGCCGCCGCAAAUCAGCGUGAACGGAACCCAACUGCAAGUGAUGGAGAACUUCCCGUACCUGGGCAGUACUCUCUUCCGCAACACCAAGAUCGACGACGAAGUCGCCAACAGGAUCACGAAAGCCUGUCAAGCCUUCGGUCGCCUCCAAAGCACAGUUUGGAAUCGCCACGGUCUUCAGCUGAGCACGAAGCUGAAGAUGUACAAGGCUGUCAUCCUGCCGACACUACUGUAUGGAGCGGAGACUUGGACGGUGUACGCAAAGCAGGCACACCGUCUGAACCACUUCCACCUCAGUUGUCUUCGUCGCAUCCUGAGGCUGAACUGGCAGGAUCGAAUCCCCGACACUGAUGUGCUGGAACGGACGGGAAUCCCCAGCAUCUACGCCAUACCGAGGUACAUGCAGCUGCGCUGGGGCGGUCACCUGGUGCGCAUGGACGACGAGCGACUACCCAAACGACUCUUCUACGGAGACGUCGUGACGGGUUCUCGCCGUCAAGGAGGCCAAAUUCGCCGUUACAAGGAUACCCUGAAGUCCUCCCUGAAAUACCUGCAAAUCAACCCCACCAACUGGGGGGGGAGGGGGAGCUCGCACUCGAUCGACCGACCUGGAGGAGGACAGUGAAGACAGGCGCUGCGAUCUACGAAGCCAACCGCAUCGCUGCCGCCAAAGCGAAACACGAAGCCUGCAAAUCACAACUUCGCCCAGUACGCAACGCCGCCGCACAACCGCUUCCAACGUGUCCUCGAUGUCAACGGACAUUCCGGGCUCGAAUCGGACUUGUUGGACACCUUCGGAUCAACUGCGCCUCUCGAACUGCACCAACCAUUGUCCCCCCGCCCGCCUCUUCCUCCCCUCCGCCGCCAACUAACUCUGACAAUUCUUCUGACCCACCACUUCCAUCCUCCUCCUCCUCCUCCUCCUCCUCCUCCUCCUCCACCACCACCACCACUGCCCCAACGGCGGCCGCUCAGGCGGCCGUCUCGCACAUCACCAACCGCGACACAGCAGACACCACCCCUACCUCUCCCGACUCCAGCGAUGGGAAUCAGGACAACACCUGCCCUCACUGCGACCGCACCUUCACCUCACACAUCGGCCUGGUCGGCCACUUGCGAAUCCAUCGCACAGAGAUUGGCGAGCCAGUGCCUGGAGCACCAACCUACAUACACCGCACUCGCCUCCACUGCCCUCGCACCUUCACUCAUCGCAUGGGUCUACUCGGCCACAGGCGCAUUCACGAGAGCGGAAUUGACCACAAUUCGGACACACCCACCACAUCCAACACACCCACCAAGCCCAGCACCACCCUCGCUCCAUCGCCACACACGCCCAUCACCACCACCACUUCCUCUACAGCUGACAUCGACAAGGUCGACCUCUCAUGCCCACACUGCCCACACACGUUCACCUCACGCAUCGACCUGGUCGGUCACUUGCGAAUCCAUCGCACAGAGACUGGCGAACCAGUGCCUGGAGCACCAACCUACACCCACCAAGCUCGUCUCAACUGCCCACACUGCCCUCGUACUUUCAGGCAUCGCAUGGGCCUAUUCGGACACAUGCGUAUCCACGAUGACCUGCGGUAG